AUGAAUUCUACUUAAGAAUAAGAAUGGGUCUUUUAAACUAGUGAUAAUCAAAUCAUUAAAUUUAAGAGUGAAUUAAUAAACUUCUGUGAUUUAUUAUAAGAUAAAGAUAUAGAUGAACCAUUGCCAAUUGCAAUUGAUGUAAAUAUUCAAUUUAAAACUAUAGUUACCUGUCUUGAAUAUCAUUAAGAAAUUUUGUGAAGUUCAUAAUUAUGAAAGAGAAGCAAUAAGAAUUAAAAAACCAAUCAUCAAUAAUAAAAUAAAUGAUAAUCUGGACUAAUAAUCAGUUCAAGUUUUAUAGUUAUCAGAUGAAUUAUUUGAUAAAGUUUUAGCAGCUUCUUAUUAUUUAAGUUUUGAUCUCUUAAGAUAGGCAUGCUUAUGUAUUUUAGCAUGUUAAAUAUACAUUGAUGAUAAUGAAAAUGAUAUUGAAAGGUAGAAAUUCUAUAUAAAAAAUAGAGCAAGGAAAUAAUAUGGAUUGGCUGAAAUUACACCAGAAUAAGAGAAUGAAGCAAUUACAAAAAAUAGACCUAUAUUUGAAUAAUUAUAGAAACAAUUUUUUGAAAUGCUCAAUUAAUUUGAAGAUGAAUAAGAGGAAAAGUUAAAAUAAUAGUAAAUGUAAUAAUGA